AGUUGUUCUCUCUCUCUCUCUCUAUAUCCCCCUUUUCCUUCUCUUUCUACUUCCCAUGCUGCUUACUUUCCCUAGUCGCUAAAGCUCUAAAUCCAUAAUAUAUUAGCAGAGUGAACCCAAAAAAAGCAUAAUUUAAGCUUCAAGUUGAGGAGCAAGCAUGCCUUUGGAGGACUUCUACAACAUGCUUAGUGCAACAAAGCUUAGAAGUAAGUUUUGGACUACAUGGCAGCCACUGGACUCACCAUGCUUGUUGGAGGAUGUGGUUUUACCAGUGGAACUUGGUUUCUUUCUGAUCUUGUUAGUCCAACUCAUACGAACAUGUAUGAAGAACAUGAUCAGCAAGCAAAACAAGGUCUCAGAUCUUGCCACAGAGAAGCAUCCAACUGUAGUGAAACUUGGUUUUGCUUACAAAUUCAGCUUAGUUUGCACCAUUUUAUUGUUUGCUGUUCAUGCAUUAAUGCUAUUACUAAUGCUCAAUCAUGAGCCUCAAUGUACCUCAAAACUUCAGGCUUUUACAUCAGAGAUAACUCAAGUGUUAUCAUGGGCAAUUAGUGUAAUAGCAAUAUGCAUGGUAUCAAAAACAAAUACUCAUUUCCCUUGGAUUCUAAGGGCUUGGUGUCUUUGCAGUUUCCUUUUGUGCAUUAUCAGCACAGCCCUUCAUUCCAAUUUCAGUGUCAACAACCAGGGUCAGAUUGGUAUAAGAGAAUAUGCAGAUUUCCUUGGUUUGUUUGCUUCAACAUGCCUUUUGGUUAUUUCAACAAGAGGGAAGACAGGCAAUGUCUUAAUUGCCACAAAUGUUGAAUCCGAACCACUUCUUGGAGAGAAAACUGAGAAACAUUCAGAGCAACAAGGGGAAUCUCCGUAUGGAAAAGCUACUUUUCUUCAACUCAUUACCUUCUCUUGGCUCAAUCCUUUGUUUGCCGUAGGGUACAAGAAACCCCUUGAACAGAAUGACAUUCCUGAUGUUGACAUCAAGGACUCAGCUGAAUUUCUGACCUACUCCCUUGAUGAGAGCCUUAGACAAGUUAAGGAGAAAGAUGGGACUACAAACCCAUCUAUCUACAAGGCUAUCUAUUUCUUUGCUAGGAAGAAAGCAGCAAUCAAUGCUCUUUUUGCAGUAGUAAGUGCUUCAGCAUCAUAUGUUGGUCCAUACUUGAUCACUGACUUUGUGAAUUUCCUUGGGGAAAAGGAAACCCGCGGGCUAAAAAGCGGUUACCUUCUGUCACUAGGCUUCUUAUGUGCCAAAAUGGUUGAGACCAUAGCUCAGAGGCAAUGGAUUUUUGGUGCCAGGCAAUUAGGCCUUCGCCUUAGAGCUGCAUUGAUUUCACAUAUAUAUAAGAAGGGCUUACAUCUUUCAAAUAGAUCGCGCCAAAGUCAUACAGGUGGUGAGAUAAUGAACUAUAUGAGUGUAGAUGUGCAGAGAAUCACAGAUUUCAUUUGGUAUGUAAAUGUAAUAUGGAUGCUGCCUAUACAAAUUUCUUUAGCAGUUUUCAUUUUGCAUACAAAUCUUGGAAUAGGUUCAAUGGCUGCAUUAGCUGCUACAAUGGCAGUUAUGACUUUGAACAUACCUCUUACAAAAAUACAAAAAAGGUACCAAUCCAAGAUCAUGGAGGCUAAGGACAACAGGAUGAAAGCCACUUCAGAAGUUCUCAGAAACAUGAGGACUUUGAAACUCCAAGCAUGGGAUAGUCAAUUCUUUCAAAGGAUAGAAGAAUUGAGGAAAAUUGAGUAUAAUUGGUUAAUGAAGUCAUUAAGACAAGGAGCAUUUUCUGCUUUCAUCUUUUGGGGAUCACCAACAUUCAUUUCUGUGAUAACCUUUUGGGCAUGUAUGUUCAUGGGGAUUGAACUGACAGCAGGAAGAGUCUUAUCUGCAUUUGCUACAUUUAGAAUGUUACAGGAUCCUAUAUUUAGCCUUCCUGAUUUACUCAAUGUCAUUGCUCAAGGAAAAGUUUCAGUUGAUAGGAUUGCUUCUUACCUCAAGGAGGAAGAAAUCCAACAUGAUGUCAUUGAAUAUGUUGCAAAAGACAAAACUGAAUUUGAUAUAGUUAUUGAAAAGGGGAGAUUUAGUUGGGAUCCUGAGUCAAGAAAUCCAACCAUUGAUGUAAGUGAGUUAAAGGUUAAGAGAGGAAUGAAGGUGGCAAUUUGUGGAUCUGUAGGUUCAGGAAAGUCUAGUCUUCUCUCAGGCAUUUUGGGAGAAAUAUAUAAACAGUCUGGGACAGUGAAGAUUAGUGGAACAAAAGCUUAUGUUCCACAAUCAGCAUGGAUAUUAACUGGAAAUAUCAAGGAGAAUAUUACCUUUGGAAAAGAAUACAAUAAUGAUAAGUAUGAGAGAACUAUUGAAGCAUGUGCACUGAAAAAGGACUUUGAGCUAUUUUCCUGUGGUGACCUUACAGAUAUUGGAGAAAGAGGGAUUAAUAUGAGUGGUGGACAAAAGCAAAGGAUACAGAUAGCUAGAGCAGUUUACCAGGAUGCUGAUAUCUAUCUUCUUGAUGACCCUUUCAGUGCUGUCGAUGCUCAUACUGGCACACACCUCUUUAAGGAGUGUCUUAUGGGGAUUCUCAAAGAGAAAACUAUACUUUUUGUUACACACCAAGUUGAGUUUCUUCCAGCAGCAGACCUUAUUCUGGUGAUGCAAAAUGGAAGGAUUGUACAAGCUGGAAAGUUUGAAGAACUUCUAAAGCAAAAUAUAGGAUUUGAACUUUUAGUUGGUGCUCAUAGCAAAGCUCUAGAGUCAAUUCUUAUGGUUGAAAAUUCAAGUAGAUCAACUUUAAAUACAAUAGCUGAAGGUGAAUCCAACACCAAUUCCGAUUCAAAUGUUAAACUUGUGAGCAUCCAGCAUGACACAGUGCAAGAUAAUCCUGAAGAGAGCAAAGGAAAUGAUGGUAAAUUGGUGCAAGAUGAAGAAAGAGAAAGAGGGAGCAUAUCAAAAGAAGUUUACUGGUCUUAUUUGACAAUUGUUAAAGGGGGAAUCCUGGUUCCAAUCAUAAUCUUGGCACAGUCUUCAUUCCAAAUACUUCAGAUUGCAAGUAACUAUUGGAUGGCUUGGGUUUGUCCUACAACAACUGAUGCUAAGCCUUUAUUUGAGAUGAAUUUCAUACUAAAUAUAUAUAUGCUACUCUCAAUUGCUGGUGCAUUUUGUGUUCUGGUGAGAGCCAUGUUGGUGGCAAAUGCUGGACUUCGGACAGCACAAACACUUUUCACCAAAAUGUUGCAUAAUGUGCUCCGAGCCCCCAUGGCAUUUUUUGAUUCAACCCCAACUGGUAGAAUCUUGAACAGGACUUCUACAGAUCAAAGUGUGGUAGACUUGGAAAUGGCAAACAAAAUAGGAUGGUGUGCUUUCUCAAUAAUACAAAUUCUAGGCACUAUUGCAGUGAUGUCCCAGGUGGCAUGGCAAGUAUUUGUCAUCUUCAUUCCAGUAACUGCAGUCUGCAUAUUUUAUCAAAGAUAUUAUACACCAACAGCAAGAGAACUGGCUCGCUUAGCACAGAUACAAAUUACUCCAAUUCUCCACCAUUUUUCAGAAUCUUUAGCAGGAGCAGCAUCAAUUAGAGCUUUUGAUCAAGAAAGCCGUUUCAUGUACACAAAUGUUGGCCUUAUAGAUAACUACUCAAGACCUUGGUUUCAUAAUGUGUCUGCAAUGGAAUGGCUUUCUUUCAGAUUGAAUUUACUUUCAAAUUUUGUUUUUGCCUUCUCACUGGUCUUGCUGGUGAGCCUCCCUGAAGGAAUAAUUAAUCCAAGCAUCGCCGGGUUGGCAGUAACAUAUGGGAUCAAUCUGAAUGUCUUGCAAGCAUCAGUUAUAUGGAACAUAUGCAAUGCAGAAAACAAGAUGAUAUCAGUUGAAAGAAUUCUUCAGUAUACAAAUAUAACAAGUGAAGCACCUCUUGUGAUUGAAGAUUGCAGACCACCAAGCAACUGGCCAGAAAUUGGAACAAUCUGUUUCAAAAAUUUGCAGAUACGUUAUGCUGAACAUCUCCCUUCUGUGUUAAAAAACAUUACUUGCACAUUUCCUGGGAGGAAGAAAAUUGGUGUUGUAGGACGCACUGGGAGUGGAAAAUCAACCCUUAUACAAGCUAUUUUCAGGAUUGUUGAACCAAGAGAGGGAAGCAUUAUAAUUGACAAUGUGGACAUAUGCAAGAUAGGUCUUCAUGACUUAAGGUCAAGGCUUAGCAUUAUUCCACAAGACCCUGCUUUGUUUGAAGGCACAGUUAGAGGAAACCUGGACCCACUGGAGCAAUACUCUGACAUUGAAGUGUGGGAGGCUCUAGAUAAAUGUCAGUUAGGUCACCUAGUGAGGGCCAAGGAAGAGAAGUUGAACUAUCCAGUGGUUGAAAAUGGUGAUAACUGGAGUGUGGGCCAAAGGCAAUUGUUUUGCCUUGGAAGAGCCCUUCUGAAGAGAAGCAGCAUAUUAGUACUAGAUGAAGCAACAGCCUCUGUGGAUUCUGCAACUGAUGGAGUGUUACAGGAGAUCAUCAGUCAAGAGUUCAAAGAUCGAACUGUUGUCACAAUAGCUCAUCGGAUUCACACAGUUAUUGAUAGUGAUUUGGUUUUGGUUCUAAGUGAUGGGAGAGUUGCAGAGUAUGAUGAACCAUCAAAGUUACUUGAAAGAGAAGAUUCAUUCUUCUUUAAACUUAUAAGGGAGUAUUCUAGGAGAUCACAUAGCUUCAACAACUUGGCAGUUCAACAUAUCCAAAGCAGGGAAUAGUUCUAAGACUUUAUGGAUAUCAAUUUAUUGGAGUUACAACACGGUACACUUCUUGAGACAGAAAGGCUCCAAACUAUUCCAACCACACCUUCAAUAAAAUCACCAGGGAUACAUAUAUAUAUAAAUAUAUAUAUAUAUAGGGGUUCCUGGCCCCCCCAUGUGAGGUAGCAGUGUUGUGUUAAUUUCCCAUAGCAAUAAGGGAAAUCCUCAAGUGGCUCUUCAUUUGAUAUAUGAUGAGGCAUAGGCUCCAGUUUUGAGCAUGAAAGAGUAAAUUGGGAAAUCAAGAAGAGAAAGACAAAUCUACAAAACCCAGAAUAAGUUUAUAUUCAUAGGAUUGCAAAUAGGGAUAUUUAAUCUUAUUUCAUAUCAAUUUAGUUUGGCCUUGUAACAUGUUAUAGGCUGCUCCCUAGAAUCUGCUUUGAAAAUGUACUCUUUUUUGGCCAUAUUAAAAGUUCAUCACU